CAACGCACCUCUUGCUUUUUCCUCCAAAGUAUGUUAUAUUAAGUUUCGCGAAGCAUCAAGUGUUGGUGUGGCCCAGCAUCUAACUAACACGGUUUUUAUUGACAGAGCUUUGAUAGUUGUGCCCUGCGCAGAAGAUGACUAGACUGGCCAAGGCAGACCUGUUACACUUGCCUGAGUUAGGCAUUGUUUGCCAUGCCACUAAACCUGCCGCCAAGUGAAACCUUCAUGGGGGAAAUGAGAUCGAAGUCUGGCCUGCUGAAGAUGGACGCCCUGUCUCUGUUUUUAUUUUAUUUUGAUUUCUUUCCUUUGUUUCUUUUAUUUUUAUUUUAUUUUGUCCCUUUUUUGUUUUGUUCUGUUAAAUCUCUUUCCCUUGUACUUGUGAACUGGUACUUCAGUUCUGUAAAAAUGAUGUUUGUAAAGGGUUCACAGUGUUUGAUCUUGAAGUUGACCUGAAGCUGCUUAUGAAUGGUGGAUGGUAUACAGAGAAUUUAGAAUAUGAUUCAUCUUCAAUGCUGUGAAUUAAGGAUAAAUUUGAUUUAGAAUACAUUUAAGCAUCUAAAUUCAACAGAUGAGCACAUCGUGUCAGAAGGCAGGAACAGUUUUGAGAUACAUUCUUUCAUAUGUUGUGUUUUAUGAGUUCUUCUUGGAAAAGGACAGUUGAGACUCAUGCUUCUGGAGAAACCAACUUUAGAAAGUAAAGUCGUGAUAUUUCUCUGCUAUUUUCCUCAGCAGAGUGUUUUAUUUUAGGUUGCACUGUCUAUUAAAAGAAGGCUGAUUAUUUAUGUCUAAUGUGAUGAGCUUAAAAUAAUUAUUUCUGAAACAACUUUUAUGAAUAUUGAAUGUCGUGAAAUAUUUGUUUACUUUUGAUGAAACCUUGCUGCAGUGAGGUCAGUGACAGGAAGAUUUCAUCCUUUUCUUGUAAUUUUCAGAAAAGACUGUUUACCACUCAUAAGUACAAAUGCAGCCUGGAAUUUUGGUUGGAAUGUGUUACGUGAGACACGUUGUCUUUAAACACUGUUAUUUGUGAGAAGACUGAAUCAGUUCUCUGUGUGUGUGCGCGUAUGUGUGUAUAUACUUGCAUUUUUGACAUGCUGCAGUGGUAAUUAUUUGAAGAAGAGGUUUAAAAAAAGAAAAGUCAGAAAAAAAAGUGUUUUCUCCAUCAUCUCGCAGUCUCAGAAGCCCUGGCAGUUCAUGCUGGAGUGAUUGAGAUGGUUCUCAUCCCUAAAUGAUAUUUUCACUUCCUGUGAAAUGGGAGCCCUGAAACAGAAGUGGUGAACAAGGUGCUGUGUCUAGUCUUCAGGCAUUGCUCUUCCCAACCAGCUGCAUUGGGAUCUGUUGGUUUCACUCUGAAAAGAGCUUUGCUUGAUGAUUUUUAUUGGAUUUGGCAGUUGAGGUAAUUGCCAGUAGCUGUCAUGUCUUUAUUUGCUGCUGCUAAAUCCACUAAGAUUCAUGAGUUGGAUCACAUGAAGUAUUUUAUUUGUAAGUGUACACGUUCCAUUGAUUUAAAAUAGAAGGAAAAUAAGUACUAUUAUGUUUAGAGUAGUUGUGAACAGUAUUUUUAAAAAACAAACUUAUUGCAGACGCAUUUUUGGGGGUGAGGAUUAACUGUGUAGUUUCACUACAAAGAGUAGGAAAUUAAUUUUUUCUGAGCACUUGAGGAAUAAAUACUGAUUAGUGAUUAGUACUUGUUUAAUGCAGGUACUUCUAUUCAGCCUUCAUCAAAAUGGGUUCUGGUAUGGACUAGGCUUACUACGGCUCUUAAGACUUUGAUGAUACAAAAAAGUAGCAAUCACAACUGUUUAUAGGCAGUGGUGAGCUAAUCUACAUUUGCUUCCAGAUUCCUUUGCAAAGUGAAGAAUCAAUAAAUAAUUGAUCAUAGAAAUUGUAAUUUACUAAGCAGUAGAGCUUCUAAGAAAUGGGGUGUAGAUGUGGCAUAUUUAUAUUGUCUGUUUCCCUCAUUAGAAAAUAAAUAUCUUCACCUCAUUUCCAUUCAGGUUUUAAAUACCAUGUUUUAAAAAUGAAAGUGUUAUUUUUAAACUAAAUUAUACUAAUCUGUUGUGUCAAACCCCACAUGUUUUAUUGUAUUUUUGUGAGCUUGUAUUCCUUUUAUAAAUAAAUUCACAGAGAUAAAAUUCCAAAAUACUCGUGAGGAUAUUUGGUCUUGCAUAUUAAUUUGUUUUUUAAAACCGUUUAAAAACCAGGGAAAUAGGUUUCUAAGACAUUGCAGAUUUUUAUUUCUGCACAACAGUGUUCCACAGAAUUUUGGCCUGGUCUUAAAAACUGGAAAAGAUAUAUGAAAAGACACUAUCUUUGAAUAUCCAGGCAAAUUUUUGGGUUGUGUCUGUAGAGAUAGACCCUUUCUCUUUCUUGAAAACAAAAUAAAUAAUCUUUUUUUGUGGUAUUGAACUGAUGGACUAGAUUUUGUAUUUUAAAACUUUACAUUGUUAAAGACCAAAGUAUUCUGGAAAUAAUGCUGCAAACUUUACAAUUUACAUAUGCAUGCUGUUCAUUCUUUGAGCUGCUAUAAUGGUGAAUGGAACUGAAAUGUUCAGUGGAUUCCUUUAAAAACACUUGAGCAAAUAAGUAGUUCCAAUUAUUUCAAUGCCAUGAUGCAUAUACUUGAAGUUUAGGCUUCUGUUUAAGUCUUGACUCAUUGUCCUUCUUAGUUAUGUGCCUAACCCAAUUCCUGUUUGAAAAGGCUAAGUGCCUAAGCGUAUUGUAAGUUUACCUGAUUAAGUGUGUGUUGAAUUGGCUGUAUGUAAGUGCAUGCUUGAAUUAGGCAUAUGCUUAUGUACAUUACUGACCAAGGAUCUCAAUUAGCAUGCAGACACACCACUUUAGGAGCCACGUCUGCCAUCGGAUUUACUUGUGCAAUAUCUCUUGAUCCGUAGAAAGCUGCACAAAUUGCAAGAUAUUCACUGUUCAGGAUAAAUUCUGGUUCACUAGUCGUUUGAAAGUACUUAAGUAUUUAGUUUGUCAGCAGAAUUGGUACAUAAUUCUGUGCCUAAUUUGCAUGCACAGCUGCUGGAACUAUAUAUUCAAAAGCCUUUUAGUUGGCAGCAUAUUAGGGAGGGUAUGCAGCAAAGCACAUGAUACUUUUGAGCAGUCAGGUACACCUCUCAUUGCAUGCCUGACUUCAAAAUGAGAUCUGUGAAGGGUGCCGAACAUUGUGAUGGUGGCUUAGAUUCAUGCAUGUUUUUUAAAAAAAGCCCUGGAAUUCAUUAUUGCACAGUUAAUUCUUAAGUGCUAACAAUUUUCCUAUUUUUCUCCUUUAGAUAGCAAAAUCGAGUGGUUUCUUACAUGUUAAGGAGGAAAGUGUCUCAAAAUUUAACAUAAAUAAAAUAAAUGUAAAUAGGAAGCAUGAAAUUAAAUGGGUACUGUUACUUUAUCUUUUCUGUUCUACCCAUGCUACAUACAAAUUCAAUUUCAUUUAGAUAUUUUUUGUCCUUUGGUCAUAUCCAACUGUUACCCAGUCUUUCCUGCAGAUCUGUAAAAUAGGUUUGCAAAAGUUUUUUAAUUUCAUUUUUUAAAGUAGUAGGUUUCCAUGGGGUCAGUUGGAACUCAUAUAGCUAAAACUGCAUGGUGUUUUGAAACAUACCUCAUGUUUUGCUUUUUGAUAAGAAUAUUUGUAUUUUAAUUUUGAAUUUAGAGGUCUUGUAAGUUAAAACAUACGUAGUUUGAAUCAAAGCCAUAAAAGCCACUGGCACAGCUUUUGUAUGUUCCUUGACCAUUUAAACAUUAGAACAAUGUUUAAAUAAGAGCAUUUACUUUAUUAUGGUUCAUGUGGUAAUACCAAAGGGCUUAGCUGGUUAGCAAAAUGUACAGUUAUGCCAGUAAUGUUGAACAGAUCAUAGAUACCUAGUAUAAUUAGAAAUUCUUUUGGUAGGUUUUUAUUUUAGUGUUUAAUGUUUGUACCAGUUUAAAUCCCUUUGCAUUUCAAAUUUAAAAUGUACAUUUAAUUGUAAUCCUAAUUGUUUGACUAUUAAAUCUUUUGAUUUUUGGAGAUUUUUGGGGUUCAUUUAAUAGUCUAAUUGUGACUAACACUGAAUGAAACCUGCAUUUAAUUCGGAUUAGUUAUUACUUAAACUUUUAGCAUGGCGGUAGGAUUAUAAUCAGGUUGAAAGAGCAGGGAAUACAUAUUCUGGGAAAACAGAGCUUGCUUAGCUGAUCAGUUAUGAUUUUCUUCAGUCUCAGUAAAUUUAAAGUAAAUUUAUCAAAGUUUCCCGUAAACUGAGGUGACCUACAGUGUGGGACAGUACAAAUCUAAUUUUUUUCUGCUCUUCCCUCCUCCACCUUCAGGUUCACUUGUAGUAUGUAUUGUGUGCAGUCACUGUAGUUCAGUAGUUUUUUUAUUUUAUGUUUUACUUGUUUUUACAUUCUAAGUAGGUAGCACCAGAGGAAUAAAGAAGAGCGCAAAUUUCAGUUAGCACAUACUUGUUUUUUUCUUUUUUUGUUUUUCUUUCUUUUACUGAUUUGGUUAUUUGCCAUUUCUGGGGAUUAAACUUUAAAAAAUGUUCUUCUUUUCUGUAUCUGAUGUUCUGUGUGCUAUUAGUGAUGCAGCCAACACGAACGGUUGUCAUGUGUAAAACAACUUUCGAUCACCGCGAAAACACCGCCCUGGGAAAGCGUCCAUGCUUGAUAUCGUUUGGUUCAUGAACGUUAAGUUUCCAGUACAGGUAAAAUCCCAGAUGAAGCCAAAGCCCUCUCUCUAUUGGCGCCUGCUCCUACUAUGACAAGUCUGAUGCCUGGUGCAGGGUUGCUUCCCAUACCCACACCAACCCCUUUGACUACACUUGGUGUUUCACUUGGCACUUUAGGGGCUAUACCAGCAGCAGCAUUGGACCCUAACAUUACAGCACUGGGAGAAAUACCACAACCACCAAUUAUGGGAAAUGUGGAUCCAUCCAAAAUUGAUGAAAUCAGGAGAACAGUCUAUGUUGGAAACUUAAAUUCCCAGACUACAACAGCAGAUCAGCUGCUUGAAUUCUUCAAGCAAGUUGGAGAAGUCAAAUUUGUGCGAAUGGCAGGUGAUGAGACUCAGCCAACACGAUUUGCUUUUGUGGAAUUUGCUGACCAAAAUUCUGUACCUCGAGCUCUUGCCUUUAAUGGAGUUAUGUUUGGAGACAGGCCACUGAAAAUAAAUCACUCCAAUAAUGCAAUAGUGAAGCCUCCUGAAAUGACACCACAGGCUGCUGCUAAGGAGCUGGAAGAAGUGAUGAAGAGAGUAAGGGAAGCCCAGUCUUUCAUAUCUGCUGCUAUUGAGCCAGAGUCUGGAAAGAGCAGUGAAAGAAAAGGCGGUCGAUCUCGUUCCCAUUCUCGUUCAGAAUCCAGGUCUAGCUCAAAAUCCCGAUCUAGAAGGAAAAGAUCACACUCAAAACACAGAAGUAGAUCAGGCAACAGAUCUCUCUCAAGACACAAGGACAGACGCAGAUCCAGAAGUCCCCUGAAAAAACGGUCUAGAUCUUCAGAAAGGCGGAAAUCAAGAAGUCGCUCUCGUUCUCGGGACAAGAAAAGAGACAAAGAAAAGAUCAAGGAAAAGGAAAAGGUCAAAGAAAAAGAGAGAGACCGAGACAAGGAGAAGGAUAGGGACCGAGAAAAAGACAGGGAAAGAGAGCGAGAUAAAGAGAGAAACAGAGAGAAGGACAAGGAGAGAGAUAAGGAGCGAAGCAAAGAUAGAGAGAGAGCCCGAGAGAAAGAUAGGGACAGGGAAAAGGAUAAAGACAAAGACAGACAGAGGGACAAGGAUAGGGAAAAGGAAAAAGAUAAAGAGAAGGAAAAAGACAAGGAAGAGGUAGACCAGAACAAAGAAAAAGAAGAUAUUGAGAAAGAAGGAGAGAAGGACAGAGAAAAGAUUAAGGACAAAGAAGGAGAUAAGGACAAAGAGAAGGACAGGGACAAAGAAAAGGAAAAAGAUGGGGAUAAGGAGAAAGAGCGAGAAAGAGAAAAGGAGAGAGAUGAUAAAAAGAAGAAAGAUAAGAGAUCCAGAACACCCCCAAGAAGCUAUAGCUCUUCAAGAAGAUCUCGUAGCUCCAGCAGAGAAAGGCGUAAAAGGAAGAGUAGAAGUCCUUCCAAGUCUCCUAAAACAUCGAAAACAGCAAAAAGAAAGUCUUCACGAACUCCUUCCCCCAGAAGAAACAAGAAAGAAAAAAAAAGAGAAAGAGAUACAAAUAAUGAAAGAAGAGAAAGAGAACGCUCCACCUCCAAGAAAAAAAGUAGUAAAGAAAAAGAGGGAAAGGAGAAAUCUGACAAAAGCACCACUACUUUGAAGGAGAAAGAUAACAAUAAAGAGGAUCAGAAUUCAGAAACUGACAAGGAAGUAGACAAUAGAGAUGCACAAAGAACAGAUGAAGUCAAACUACAACAGAAUGGGAACUGUCAACCAAAUGAAGAAAGCCUGUCAAUUAAAAUGGAAGAGGUUUAAAGCAAAGUGGACUUGUGAUUCAACUAAGGAAUGAAAUCCAAAGCAUCUUAUUUCCCAGAAUGAGGAAGAAAAUGUCAAAGCAAUCAACCUGACCGUAUUGAUAGUACUAGUAGUUCCUACAAUUCUUGUGAUAGCUUUGUUGUCUUCUUGCUGUAAAGCAAGAGAACACGGACCAGUCGUUAUACCAUGAAAAGGCAGAUGCCAUCAGAACUAUUCAUCUCUGAAAAUCCAUGCAUUUCCAUGAUGGCUGUACUUGUAAAAUUAUGUAUGUUACGUUUUGCUAUAAGCUGUUACAAAUAAGUAGAAACUGAAAGAUGUAAACCUGUACUUCCCCAAAAAAGCUGAAGGUAUGCAUUGAAGGUUGUUUAAAAUACUGCUUGUUGAUGACUUGUGUUGUUUUGCCCUGUGGGUUAAAAAAUCCCAAUGUGUAAUGUUUGAUGUGCUUGAAAAUGGUGCAUAAAUGUACACACCUUCUUUCCUUGUAAAUGACAACUGUAGGGAAAGGGGUUUUAAACAUAAACACAAUUUUACCUUAUGUUAAAUGCCCGAGAAUUAGUAUGUUUUUAAUUUGCUCACUGCUUGAGAUUCUUCGGGUUUAUUAUUUAAAAGAAUUUUUUACUAAUAUCCCUAAAAUUAAUAUUUCUUUUAAAGUAUUUGAACAAUGCAUGCUCUUUUUCUUUUCCUGUAAGGAACAUUACCAUGUUAUAGAUAUUUGGUUAGCUUACUGGGUUAUUUUAGGAUUGGUUUGUUUUGUUGUUUUCUUUGUCCUUACAGAAGUGAGCACAUCAGUAUGGUAUUAUCAGAACUUACAGCUUUGUUUUGAGAUGUACUGCAGUGUGUCUGUUAAGCUGCAAAUAGUACAGGUGCCAUUAAGGAAAUAAUUUUUUUUUCUUUGGUUAAAAAAAUAUGGGAGCACAAGCAGAAGCUUUAGUGCCUUCUUAAAAUGUGAUAUUUUCUAGAAAUGUAUAUGUGCUGUUACACAUUUUCAGCUAAACCUUAUAUGAUCUCUCUUGCUAUUUUGCCACCACCAUACUGUGGACAAGGGUGCAAGUGAUUUGUCAGAACGGUUGUUUGGUUCAUUUGUUAAAAUACUGAAGCUCCAUUUUACUUUUAUUUUUUACUCUUAAAGGAGAUUUAUAAAUGAGAGCAAAGAUGCAAUGUGGGGAUCACCACUGUACAAAAGUAGUAGCUCAACAUAAAACGUGUUCUGAUCACCUGCAUCAAGAAAGCCCUUAAGACAUUUAAUCUACAUUUGGAUGGCCUUAAUAGUUACCUCUUGAUCAUCUUCUCUGAUACCUGUAGGGUGAUGUAGAAGGAAUUGUUUGCAAAGCAGUGGGGGAUAAAUAAUUUGGGCAAGAAAGUUUAAUUUACACAGGGCUUACAUAGUAGAGGUUUUUUUCAUUUUUUGGGAAGAAAGCAUGUAAGAAGAGAAUGACGAAAUAUUUUUGUCAAGGUAAAACAUGGCUUGUGUUCUCUGAACUAAUUUAAUUGGUUACAUGAGAUUUCCGAAAAGUCAUACUUCUAAGACAUAAUUAUAGCUAAAGUGGAGUAGAUUAUUUUUACUACAACUUAAUGCAAUGGAAUUAAUUGCCUUACCUCAUGGGAAGUGUUAUUUCUUUCAGUUGAAAUAAAAAAAUAAUAGUGUAUUGGCUAUUUGCUUUCUAUUUGUUAUACUUUUCUUUUGCAUAGUUAAUUCUUUCAGUGGGGGGAGGAGACCAUGUUACAGGGAACAAAAAAUUUGCCCAAUUCCCAAGGUAAUCAAAUCAAUUUGAUUGUGAAGCUGCUUAAUCACUCUUCAUUUUUUAUAAGAUUUAGUGUUCUUACCACUACACAUUUAAGAGUACAGAAAAUGCUUUACCAUGUAAAGUAUAGACAGCCAUAAUUCUGAUAAAGAAUAACAAAUCUGUGUGCUUACAGGAAGACUGUGAAGGAUUGUGUCUUGCAACAACAGCUGUGUUGUUUAUGAUGUCUAAGUAGCAUAGAGCAAAGAGAUUGUUUCUAUACUUGUUAUCUUUGGUACCAUUUCACUAAUAAAAUUGAGUAUUUUAGAGGGAAAUUUCUGCUGAUACAUACUUAUUAAAGGAAUAUUUUUAGACCACGUGGUCUUACUCAGACAGCUUCUUUGAUUCAGAAUGUAGGUAUUAGUGAAAACAUACAUGUAUUUUUUUAUGGUAUCUUUGAAAAGCGAAGUUUCUCCUUUCGGAAGAAUUAGAAUUUUUGAAGUGUAUCAUGUUUUAGCUGAUAUUAGUUUGUUAUCUUUAGUUUUCUUAUUCUGAAAUUGGAUAGCCCUAUGAUAUAUCGGUUAUAGAAUAUGUAAAGGAUUGUGUACACUUAGCUGAGAAACAUGCCUUUGGAAAUUGAUAGUUAAAGGUGGCAGCCUUAACUUACUAGCUAACUUAGCACAUAUGUGAGGCUAUAUGCAGCACAUUGUUAUGUUGUAUGUGAAUUAUGGCUCCUUACAAAGUUUUUGUUUGUUUGUUUUUUAAAAAAGGAAAGAAACAAACAACCAAAGCAGCCAGCCACCAAACACACACAUUUCCUCCCCACCUCAAGUCAUAUUUUCUUCCGAAUACUUUGGUUUUUGAUUUUACUUUGUAAAUACUAUGUGCAUCUGUGAGGAAGUUAAGUUUUGCCUAUUUGUAUAGGAUGUUUUAUGGUUCCUCUCUUCCUAAAAAGCUACUACUAGAGAACUAUUACUCCAUAAAAUGUGUAUCUCAGCAGGGGGUAGUUAAUUUUUAAACUGGUAGUGUAGCACAGUAAUUAAGUUCCAGCUUGCUCCUACAGGAUUGCGCACAUUAUCCAUUGAAUGUGUCCAUCUUCCAUGGGAAGUCCAUUGCCUCAUUAUUAACAGGCUUGCAUGCUGGGCUGCCAUGUCGGAUCACCUGGGUUUCUGCUUUAUGAAUGGGAUUAAAUUGAGUGGAGGUUUUCAAAACAGUGUAGUUCACAAUAGCUGUGUUGCUUUACAUGUAAUUUCAUCUGAAUCAGCCUUUACUUGAAAUUUUAAUUGCUCAGAAAAGUGAUGAUGUGGUGCCAUAUGUAAAGCACAUAUGCAUAAGCUUCCAUUAGUGCCCACAGUUACUUCCCAACAGUGUUUCUAGAUAACAGACAUGGCUUUUGGAUGAAGAAGAUAGCAGAAGAAAACUGCUGGUGGAUGAAACAGGAUUUCAAGCUCAAGAUAGAGGUGGCUGUGGCUUAGAUAAAUUCAUCAGUCAAUGGAUUUACACAGAUGUGAGGGAUGGAAUUUUGUUCACAAACACUGAUAGUAUGGUAUGUUAAGAAUGCUGGUUUUUUCAUAUUUCAGAACUAGAAGUAGGGAUAAAAGCACUGGGUUAGAAACUAGAAAUAUCUGAAGAAUACCUGGGAAAUUGAUGAGAUGUGGGUUCUGCCUACUCAUUAAUCACCUGCUAAUUUUUUUUGAUGGCACAUCAAAAUAGAUACAUCUGAAGGCACAUCAAAAUAGAUACAUCUGAACUGGCCUUAUAUUAGCUGGCUGACAGCAGCAACCUAUGCACAGCUUGGAUUCUGAAAUGAGCUGUGGACACUUGUAUAUUUUGCUCUGAUGCCAGGGAGGAAAAUUCUGUAGUCUGUAGUAUGCUUUGUGUUGGUUGCUACUGUUCUCUGGCCCAGUUACAUCUAAGGCAGUACCUGAAAUUACUUUGAAACCCUGCAGGUCUGUUACAGCGUAGCUUCUCUUUGUUGCGCUUAGCUUGUAGUGAUACUUUGUGAUAGUAACUAUAGUGGGGAUUUUCUUUUGGUCUAAGAAAGAGAUAAGUGAAGGCUGCUUUGUAUGUUAAAAAUUAUUGUAUAGUUCUUACCUGUCCUUACCUGUCCUUAUUACUCAAAUUUUUCAUUCAUGUGUAUGACCAUUGCAAGCAGUAAUGUCAUAGUGAUGUGUGUAUUGUCUAUUUUAAAGUCUGAAGCAUUUGCAUCACUGUCUUUUUGUUGGUUUGUAAUGAAAGAAGAUUGGAGUUCAUGUACUUUUAGAGGGGGGAGAAAAGAAUCCAAAGUGUGAUGAUUGCAUCAUAAUGGUAAAACAGUCUUUAGGAUGUGAAUUCUGAAUAAUGAACUGAGUCAUAUUAUGGGUCCCACUUGCCACUUGUAUUUUCCAUUUUAUAGCAAUCAGUUAUUGCCUUUGGUGUUAUCAUAAGUUUAAAUGUGAAAAUUUGGUUUAGUGGCAUAAAUGGUGAGAUCUGUAAAUGGCUAAAAUCAUGUCAAUCAGUAGGCACUUAGUUCAAAGAGAUACAGUUUUCUCACUAGAGAUUGGAGUGUGAAGAGUUGAAAUAUGUAGAUAUCGUUAAGUGUUAGUGCCUAAAGAGAAUCUAAAAUUUAAUUUUGUUUGCUAAUAUGUAAACAGAACAGAAGCUUUCAGCUUGUACUUUAGGUUUAUUUUUAUAUGUUGAAAAGUGUAAUUGAAAUUAUAUUGAAAACUAAAAGCACAAAAGGGGAUUUUUUUAUGUAUGAGAAUCAUACUUUCAAUUGUUUAAUUUUAGACUUUUAAAAAAUGUCAUUGCAUGUAGUAUUUAUUUUUAUCAAGAAUGCCUUGUUUGUAACUAAGUUCUGUUGCAGGAUCUGAGCAUGUUAGUGUGUGGCUUUCUUCUGUAUUCUCUUCAAUGGACAACAACUUAAUAAACUUGUCUGACAAUAUACAGAGGCAGCUACUUUCUAGCUGGUUUGAGGAGAUGAAGCUGUUUACACAUCGAUUAUGUAUUGUUCAAAUAAAUGCCACAGUUGAGAAGCUAUCUACAAACUUCAGUUUCAGUAUUUUCUGAACACAUGAACUCUUACUAUGCAAGAGGGAAAAUUUUUUUUUAAAAAUUGUCAUGGCAGUCAAUUUUAAGAUUAUUGAGCUUAAUAGAGGAGAACAUGGACAGCAAAAGUGAGGUUUUAGCUGUUUACAUAUUCUAUUCUAGAAAGCUUCAGCUUACACUUUUUUUUUAAUUUUGUUGCAUUUUUUGUGUUCAUCUAGUGCCAAAUCUGAGAUUAGAGGGUCUUGGUGUACACAAUGUGUUCUGUACUAAUCUUUAUAAUGAAAUUAUUCUCACAUUGAAGAAGUUACAUGUGUCAUCUUUGGCCUAAAAGAUAUAUCAGCAAUGGUAAAAGAGUAAUUUCAUCUUCCUUUCACUCAGUUCUUCAUGUCACUAAUGAGGCUGUCAGUUAAGUAGCUUUCUUAGAAGAAGUUGUAGCUCUACUCCUUCCCUAGUGCAAAGAUUUAGAACUACUGCUGCACUGAUGAGUAAAUCAUGGGCAACUUAGAAAUUGCUACUUUGAAAAGCCAUCAUUUGCAUAAUAUAAUUUAAUCAAAGGAAUUGAGUGAUCCACUCCAGAAACACCAGGAGACUAAUUUAACGUUCACAAUUUAUGUAUCCUGUCAGUACAUCCUUUCUGGUAUUUUCCCUACUGAUGGGGAGCUGUGUCUCCUUUGCCACACACAAAUCACACUUAUCACUGUCUGGGUUCAGAUAUACCUGGGGAACCUGAGCACCCCAGCAGCAAAAGUAUUAUUUCCCUUCUCUAAGUUCGAUAUUUCUAGUAAUAAUGUAGGUAUUCUAAGUUUAAUUAAUAGGUAACCAAACUUGUGUUAUGUUGGUAUAGUAUAUUUUUGCAUUAAUGAAGCAACUAUGAAAUGGUACAUAUAAAGAAAUGUUAAAUGCUCUUAUGUAGUUGUUAUUUUCAUAAAUAAACAAUAUUCCAAAGUUUUAA